AUGGUGGACAAGCUCUCUUCGUCGCUUGACAGUGUCGGUCUCCGAAAUGAGCGCCAGCGUGCGGGCUCCCAUAUUGACUUCAAGUCGGCCACGUCGGCUGUGGCCAGCAAGGCCAUGCGCAACGAGCUCAACGCGUUGAUCGAGGGCAUCGAGGACCCUAACGCGAAGCGCGCCUUUGAGGCCGAGAUGUCGUCGUUCUACCACCUGUUCAACCGCUUUUUGGCUGAGAAGGCCAAGGGCGUCAAGCUUGACUGGGACAAGAUUCAGCCGCCGGCGGCUGAACAGGUGACGCCGUACGCGUCGCUGCCGCAGGCGUCAGACCCCUCUGUGCUGAGCAAGCUCGCGGUGCUGAAGCUCAACGGUGGACUUGGCACGACGAUGGGCUGCACGGGCCCCAAGAGUAUCAUCGAGGUGCGUGAGGGCAUGACGUUCUUGGACAUGUCUGUGCGUCAGAUCGAGCACUUGAACGGCACGUACAACGUCAAUGUGCCCUUCAUUCUCAUGAACUCGUUCAACACGGACGACGACACCGCUCGCGUGAUCCAGAAGUACGCGAACCACAACGUUGAGAUCAUGACGUUCAACCAGUCGCGCUAUCCGCGCAUCAACCGUGACACUCUCCUGCCGUGCCCUCGCAGCGCGACGUCGAACAAGAACCUGUGGUACCCACCUGGCCAUGGUGACCUGUUUGAUGCGAUGCACAACUCGGGCCUGCUCGACAGCCUGCUGGCGAUGGGCAAGGAGUAUGUGUUUGUGUCCAACGUGGACAAUCUUGGUGCGGUCGUCGACCUGAACAUUUACCAGCACAUGAUCGACACGCAGGCGGAGUUCAUUUCCGAGGUCACGGACAAGACCAAGGCGGAUGUCAAGGGCGGUACGCUGAUUGACUACGAAGGCACGAUCCGCCUGUUGGAAAUUGCGCAGGUGCCGGAUGAGCACGUCGAGGACUUCAAGUCGAUUAAGAAGUUCAAGAUCUUCAACACCAACAACCUGUGGCUGAACCUCCGUGCGAUCAAGCGCGUUGUGGAGAACGACGAGCUCGAUCUCGAAAUCAUCACGAACAACAAGUCGCUGGACAAUGGCGAGCCUGUCAUCCAGCUGGAGACGGCGGUCGGCGCGGCGAUCAAGCAUUUCCGUGGUGCCAAGGGUGUGAAUGUCCCGCGCUCGCGCUUUUUGCCUGUCAAGAGCUGCUCGGACCUGCUGCUGAUUACGAGCGACUUGUAUAGCCUCGAGCACGGCAAACUCGUGAUGAACCCGCAGCGCCAAUUUAGCCAGACGCCGGUGGUCAAGCUGGGCGACACGUUCAAGAAGGUGGCGAACUACCAAAAGCGCUUCAAGAGCAUUCCGAAGAUGAUGGAGCUCGAUCACCUGACGGUCAUGGGCGACGUGUCGUUUGGCCGCAAUGUGGUGCUGAAGGGCACCGUGAUUAUCGUCGCGAACGAGGGCAACCACAUCGCGAUCCCUGACGGCUCCGUGCUAGAGAACAAGCUCGUGACGGGCAACCUCUCCAUCAUUGACCACUAA